CACAUACAAAGGCGAGUGAAAUAUUAUGGCAACUUUUCAAAUGGAAAAACGCCAGCAGCAACAGCAGCAACAGCAGCAGCAGCAGCAGCAGCAGAAACAAACGAAUUUAAAACAACGACAAAGACAGCAGCAUACAGAUCCUGCUGCAGAUGUGAGUCCGGAGGCGCAGGACGAGCAGCACCGGCAUGGGACAUUCACAAAUUGCAACCGGCUCUGGCCGACUACCUGCUCCACGGCAGCCAGCGUCGCAUCUGUGGACUGCAGCAGCUGCCAGCGGGCGCUGAUUAUGCUCAGCAUGCUAGUGGUUGUCAUCGUUGUGAUAUCCGGCAAUGGAGUGCUGGCGGCGCAGCGUGAUUCGUACAAGUCGAAGGAUGUGGGCAGCAGCAAUAAUGCCAUACCGAGCGAUGGCGACGCUCCAGCUGCCGUUGCUGGCAAUGGCAAUGGCAAUGGCAAUGGCAAUGGCAAUGGUGUUGGCGGAAGGGGAAGCCUGGCCAGCACGACCAGCAGCGGCGGAAGUAACAAAAAUGCGCCGGGCCCUGGCCAAUCAAUGACUACCGACAGCGGCUCCAAAUACAGCUCCAACGCCAACGCCAACUCCAACUCCAAUUCCAAGUCUAACUCGAAUGCCAACACCAACUCCAACUCCAACUCCAACUCGAAUGUAACGACAACAACAACAGCAAUCAGCGGCAUUGCCAGCAGUAGUUUGCAUCGGGGCAACUCGAUAGCAUCGCUGGCUGCCGCGGCCAGCAUCAACCGGAACAGCAUCGACCUGGGCGAGGAUUCGCGCAGCAAUGGGCCCUACUUUGACAAGGCUGCCUCCAAGAAUGUCACCGCGCUGCUGGGCAAGACGGCCUACUUGAAUUGUCGCGUCAAGAAUCUGGGCAAUAAAACGAUGCUUCUGCAAGUGUCGUGGGUGCGACAUCGGGACAUACAUUUGCUCACAGUCGGACGCUACACGUAUACAUCGGAUCAGCGCUUUCGCGCCAUACACCAGCCGCAGACCGAGGACUGGAUGCUACAAAUCAAGUAUCCCCAGCACCGCGACUCCGGCAUCUACGAGUGCCAAGUCUCGACAACUCCGCACAUGAGUCACUACAUCCACCUGACAGUUGUUGAGCCCUCGACGGAAAUUAUUGGCGCACCCGAUUUGUAUAUAGAGAGCGGCUCGACUAUAAAUCUCACCUGUGUCAUACUCAACUCACCUGAGCCGCCGGCCUAUAUCUUUUGGAAUCACAACAACGCUAUAAUCAACUAUGACUCGCCCCGAGGCGGCGUCUCAGUCGUAACCAACAAAGGUGAGACGACGACAUCGUUUCUACUGAUUAAAUCAGCGCGUCCAUCGGACUCCGGGCAUUACCAAUGUAAUCCAUCAAAUGCAAAGCCCAAAAGCGUAACGGUACAUGUGCUGAAUGGUGUUUCUCAUUCUGUUUCCAGGGGAGUUCCCAGCAGCAAUGCAGCACGCGGCACCAGCGCAUCCUCCCAUGUCACCAAGUCGCUAUCUCUUAGUGUACCUGUUUGUGUGCUGCUGCAGUUUGGCAUUUGCCGGGCGCUCUAUGCGGCCCUCAGUGGUGCCGCAGCGGCAGCGGCAGCGGCGACGACGCURCAGCGACGAUGUACCACCAGGGGGGGCACAGGCAGAGGCGCCGACUGGGGACAGAGGCGUGGCAGUUGGAGUGCUGCAGUCAAAGCGACUUUGUCGGUAUGUGGAAUUGGAAACAUACUCGAAUGUCUUUUAAGACUGCUGUCCUCGCUGCUGAGCAUCACAUGGCGUUGGCACUGGCGGGGGCGUGGCCCAUACCACCGCCAGCAACUACAAUCAGCGAGCGCAGCCGCCACUCUAGCUGGAUCAGCAACGUUUAGGCAGGUAUAUGAGGCGGACAUAAGAAAAACAAUGAAAAUUAAGCUAAAUGUUGAGAUAAGUGUUUAGCGCUUUUCCAAAUGCCACACUCUGAGACUAUUCCCAGGACAACAGUUCGAAUGGGCAUCAGCUUAGAUGCCAGACAAAACGAAACUUAAAAGACAACAAAUUUCUAAAUGUUAAACUUCAACUGCGCAGCAAAUUUCAAGUACUGACUAAAGCAUAUAAAAAACAACUUAUACAUAUAUA